AAUAUUAUUGCAAACAGAUAUAGUCAAUUAUUUUAUAUAUAUGUUUAUUAUUAUAAUUUUUAUAAAUUAUUUAAUUCAGUGUUUCUCAACCUCUAAGGGUCGAGUUAUAAACUCCGUAACGUAACCGUAUCCGUAGCCGUAAACGUAUCCGUAUAGCAUGGUUAUAAAGUCCGUAUCGUAUCCGUAUGGCCGUACCGUAUUCCGUAAGAAAAGUUUGGAUCGAUCAAACUUUUACGGUAGUGAUACGGAGAAUUGACCAACUGCGCAUGCGCUAAGUUGCAUACAAUUGGAAGUUGUGCCAGAAGCAACCAACAAAACUUUGAGGCAGACAACAUGGCUACGACUACUCGUCAAGAAUGUGUUGCUGUGAUUGCAUUGUUAGCAAUAAGUUUAGGCGCUUUUGUUAUUAAUAAAAAGCGGACAAGUCGACGACGACGUCGGUGGCAAGUACGUCCCGUCAACAUAAACAGGCCACUUUGCCAAUUCUCGUUAUUUCGUCGGAUGAAGAACAUCGAUUUCGACGAAUUUUUUAAGUAUACGAGAAUGAACGUGGAUCUCUUCCAUGAGCUAUUGAGACACCUAUGGAGAAGACUGUACAAGCCACAUGGUCGAGCAAUUAAUCCGGAAAUGAAACUUGCGUUGACAUUAAAAUACCUGGCCCAGGGAGGUAGUAUUCAAAGUAUGGCUUGGGAUUAUAAUAUAGGAAAGUGUACAGCUAGAAAAAUCAUACUGGAGGUCUGUACAGCAAUUUGGGAGGAACUGAAGCCAACAUAUAUGGCAUCAUCAUCAUAUCCAGAAUGGUUGCAGAUAGCAAACAGAUUUUGGGAGAAAUGGCAGUUUCCUCUCUGCCUAGGGGCUAUAGAUGGUAAACACAUCAAGAUCAAGGCACCACCAAUGUCCGAAUUUUUUAAAAUUAAAAAAUUCUUUAGCAUUGUCCUGAUGGCUGCCUGCGAUGCAGACUACAGUUUUACAUUUGUAGAUGUAGGAGCCUAUGGGAGUGACUCUGAUGCAACCAUCUUGUCACUGUCAGCCUUUGGAAGCAGUCUCCUGUCUAAUAACAUUGAAAAAUUAAACUUGCCAAAUGAAGGAAAACUACCAGGUACAAACACAACCCUUCCAUUUUCAUUUGUUGCAGAUUCUGCAUUUUUUCUAAAACUAAAGCUUAUGCGCCCUUAUCCUGGGAUGAAUUUGCCAGAGGGCGAAUCAAUUUUCAAUUACCGUCUCUCCUGGGCAAGAAGAGUUAUAGAGAGCGCAUUUGGGAUUUUGGCAUCACGAUGGCACAUUUUCCAUCAAUCAAUUACAGCAUCUCCUGAUGCUGUAACAAAAAUGGUGUUAUGCACAGUUAUCUUGCAUAACUUUAUAAUGAAACAUAAUUCUGUGCCAGAAUACUGCCCCCCAAAUUUUGUAGACCAGGAAAAUAUCCCUGGCGAUUUCCGGGAUGAGCCAUCUCCUAAUUGGGAGCCUCUCCAAUGUGGAUCGCGGAAUUCUGCACAGAGAGCAUACAGCAAUCGGAAUGCUCUAAAGGAGUUUUUCAUGAAUGAGGGACAUGUACCUUGGCAAUUAGGAAUUGUUAAUCGAGGAACCCUACCAAAUUCAUAAAGAUAAUAAAAUUUUAGAAUAUUUAAUCGUUAUUAUUGUAAUAUUUGAUUAUUUUGAUUCAAAUGUAUAUUUUUCAUAAUUGUACAGUUUUAUAUAUUAAAGUUUUUUUAGAAUAAUCUAGUCUUCUUGUUA